GUUGCAUCCUGAUUGGAUGGAGUGUAUGAGAACAUGGCACCAUUGCGAUGAAAUGGGAGAUACAACCAUGAGAAAUUGAAGACUACAGUCUUGGAGCUUUCUUUAAGGGACCAAUGUAUUGAAAUUUACCUUACAUUCCCCAAAGGUGUGUAAAAGGUCAGUGAAAAUCUGUGAUUCCAGCAGCUGUAGGCAUGCCAGUACCUGGUUUCACAUUUGAGUUUGUGAACUACUGUCUGCUGGAAAUUACCUUUCUUUUCCUCAGCAACACAGGUGCUUAACUGAGGUUUAAGUUCUCUGUGACAAUUUUAAAAUUGCCUUCUAUUUUCUGCUCAUGUGACCUGUGAGAUGAAACUUGUAUAUUUUCUGCCCCCAUGACCUUUCAGGGGAAAAACACCCAGCAUUAUCCUUCCUGAUGCUUGCAGCAGCUGGGAGCAGCUGCAAUGAGCAGCUCUGCAGCUUUCUGACACACAACUUGCAGAAAACUGAUUCACUGCAAUUAAGACCAGAGAGAUUAUUGCCUCGCCUAACAGGCCAUUGCUGGGUGUGGUGGGAGUCUGAGAUGGAGUCUCUCAGCGAGUCAGAGAAGAACAGCAACUUCCAGUCACUUCUCAGCUGGGAUUCAGGCUUGGAUCUGGACAUCGGAAGCUGGAGGAAUACUGAAGAGGUGGCCUUGUGGAAGCUAGAGGAGAGCAGUGAAGAGGCAGACCAUGAGCUGGAGCUCAGUGAGACUCUCUGUGAGGACAAUAGCGAUGAUAACCAAAAGGCAGAGAGGGCAUGUGAAGAUGACAGUCUCCUCCAAUUGUUCUCAGAGGUAACCCAGAUGAUGGAGCCUCUCUACAUUAGCAGCCCAAAGUCAUCACAGAUUCAGCAGGAUUACUGUGGCUCUGGGAAGCAGAGUGGUGAGGAAGAUGUGAGGUGCCGGGAAAAGACUACAGGAACAGCAGUCUUGGGAGCAAAGGAAAGUCAACUACGCAUCCUGGCAGAAGAUGAACAUUUCCUGCAAAGAGAGGACAAGACUCAAGAGAAUCCUGAAGAACAAGCUGUAGGUGAGGUGCAUUCACAGGAGAUGACUAAUGAGGCCCCGGAUCAAUAUGACAGUGACAGUGCCUCUGCAGCCCCCGUACUGGACUCGACAAGCCCUGCCAACAUGCAGCUGGUACAGCUGAGCUGGGAUCACCCCUUGCAACAUUUGCUCUUCAAAAGAACUCUGCUGUCCAUCUGGAAGAUAAUAGCGAGUCACAGAUGCAGUGGCCCGUUCCUGAAGGCAGUGUCAGAGAAACAAGCCCCUGGGUACAGUGAUGUGGUAAAGAGACCCAUGGAUUUAACCAGCAUAAAGAAAAGAUUGUCAAAAGGACACAUUCAGUCCGUGAUCCAGUUCCAGCGUGACCUCAUGCUUAUGUUCCAGAAUGCGAUAAUGUACAACAGCUUCAACCACCAUGUGCACCGUAUGGCCACGGAUAUGCAGCGGGAGGUCUUGGAGCAGCUGCAGAUGUUGUGUGAAGCCGUCUUGUGUUCAAGGGACUGGCUGGGAUGAGGGAGGAGAUAACAAGCCAUGUCUGAGGCCUGUUUCUUUUGGAGCAGUGUUGUUGGCUCCAGAGGUCUGCUGGGGCUCGGGAAGUGCUGGCACUGCAGCUGUGGCCUUCAGCAGACCUAGUUAUCCUCAGUGAUGGCUGCCAGGUUGAUGGGAUAAGUUAAAAAACAGUUUCUAGGAGGCCCAUGAGAAGGGAAGCCUCCUUUCUUCCGUGCGAAGACCAGCAGUGUAGCCUUGCAGUGAGAAGUUUCCCUGUGGCCUGGGGCACUGCAGGAAAGCUCUUUUGUCCAUUGUUUUCCCUCUAUGUUUGUAGCAUUUCCAUGUUGGGGUUGGGUUGAGCGUUGCUGCCCAGGGUCACCUCUGACCAUGGGUGCUGUGGGCCGCACCAGCCAGGGAGGCCAGCACCGACCACAACCCAGUAAAGACCCGUCUUGAAGGUUUGUCCCUUGGUGUUUGACAUCCUGGCACAGCAUGGAGGGAGCCCCGGGCUGAGGGAGCGAGGAGCUGACAGGCCUCAGGGUAUCAGGCUGAGGGAGCCCCAGGGUGAGGAGACCCAGGCUGAGGACUCAGGGUGAGGGAGCCCCAGGCCUCGAGGCACUGGGCUGAGGGAACCCUGAGCUGAGGAGCCUCGAUCAGAGUGAGCUCCAAGCUGGGGGAGCCCCGAGCUGAGGACUCGUGGUGAGGAAGCUCCAGGUCUUGGGGUGUUGAGCUGAGGGGAGCCUCUUGCUGAGGGAGCUCUGAGCUAAGGAGCCCCGAGCUGACAACUUGGGGUGAGGAAGCCCCAGGUCUCGGGACACUGGGCUGAGGGAACCCUGAGCUGAGGGAGCCCCAAGCUGAGGGACUCAGACUGAGGGAGCCCCAAACGAAGGGGAGACCCGAGCUGAGGAGACGGGGCGGGGCAAGGAGCCCCGGCCUGCGGGGGGCAGGGGGCCGGUACCCCGCCGGCAGCCCCGACCCCGCCCCGGAAG